AUGCAUCAACUCAAACACUCCAGAUUCUUCAGAGGUGUGCCGACACGGCAUUUGCGCGACCCGUCUCACAUCUUGGAACCUCAAGAUCUUCACACCGACCAACCUGCGCUGCCAGGCGCAUUUACCACAUUGUCCAACGACCCUCCACCUCCUCCUCCUCCACAACCGACAGUCGAAGUGCCUCGGUCCGGACCUUCUCAUCUUGACGACCUUUACGAGUAUUACGACCCUGAACGAAAACCCUCACCCCAACGCCAGCAACACAUAUCUACACCUGUAUCCCAAAGACCACCUCUAUCCUCACCCUCUAGUGGUAUCCGGUCGUUGAGAAGAACCCCGAGGUUGCAAGAGCGCAGAAUUGAACAAGCCGAAGGCGUAGGAUACUCUCCUACUCCGCGCCCAGACGCCCGCCUUGCCACCCAGUUGAGUGGUUUUGACGUGUCCGAGUCUACAAGCCCUCAAGACUUCCAGCGAUUGGUAGAGGACGAGUCAUAUUGGCCUAGAAGGUCAACGCGUGUCUCUCGACAUACCCACAACGCUAUCCUAUUUGCUUUGGAAGCCAUAAGAAAAGGAAGCGGUGUAAAUGCAAAGCCAUUGACUCCAGAUCUGCUUGAGGAACAGGCUCGAAUGUCAGAUCUGGUAAGGGGCAAUGCGCCCGGUGCCACUGCAAGAGUACAGAAUGGGGGAGCACCACGAACGGCUGCAGCCGCCGGCACUGGGCCGACCGCAACGGAACCACCUCGAUACCGGACUCCCACUGAUGUUAUGCGAGAGAGGAGGUUGCGGGAAGCUCGCAGAGCCGAAGAGGCAGCAGCCAGGAACAUCCAAGAGGAACAGAGAAGGAUACAACAGGGAGGACAGGUUGUUGGCGUUGGGGAAGAUCAAACACCACGACCAACUGCGAGAACAUCAACGGGCAGAACGCAGCCCACGCAGACCUUUCACAUACGCGGUCAGUCUGCGCAAAUGCCAGCUGGCUCUGAUCGGCGGCAAGAGAGCAUCGUCCCAGCUCAGGCUGGCCCGUCACGCGCCGGCCUUGUCCCUAGCCAAAGUGGUGGAACAGACCCCCGGCUUUCAGCAAGCACGCAACGAAAUCGCACAGAAGCAUAUGAGCAAUUGAACCUUCCCGCAACUUCUAGACCAGCAGUACCUGAACAGACACCACGGAUUGCACAACAACCGCAGCAGCCGCCAUCAGCAAGACCUCAGCCUCCAUUACAGCCGGUACUGCAAGCUGGGCCACAACAAGGACCCCUACCAGGACCACAACCAGGACCCCAGCCCAGCACGCAAACGUCUGGGACGGCUGGUCGCAGUCGUUUCCCCAAUGCAUUUGAACGGUGGGAGGAUCUCUCUGCCCACUGGGAGGGCAUUGUAUCAUCCUUCAUUCACCGCAUGCAAAACAAUGCCGAUGAACUAGCUGGCAAACCAUUAGAGAAACAGAUGGCUCGGCAAAUUGAUGACUUGUCCGCUGCGGGAGCUAAUCUGUUUCACGCAGUGGUAGAAUUGCAACGUCUAAGAGCGUCCUCGGAGCGAAAAUUCCAACGGUGGUUCUUCGAGACACGUCAAGAACAGGAACAAGCUCAAGAACGGCAGGCGGAACUGGAACGGCAGCUUCGUGCCGAAAGGGAAGCUCGGACCGUGAGCUCCACGUCCAUUGAAGUGGUCCGUGCAGAUAGGAAUCGAGCUGAAGAACUUGUCAAGGAGAUGCGAAGAGAGCUGCAAAUCAGCAAAGAAGAAGCUAGACGAGCCUGGGAGGAGCUGGGUCGAAGAGAACAGGAAGAGCGCGAAAGAACCAUUGCUUUGAGAAGUGGCGAGCCCACACUCAUAGGGGGCGUGCAGGUCGUCCCCAUGCAAGGACUAUCCAAUCGACAAAUCAGCUCGGCUUACCGGCCGCAGACAAGGGAAGGACCUGCUGGUGGUGCUGGGCCUACGAUUCUGUCGGGUCAGCAGCGCUCUGCUGCUCAACGGCCACGAUCCCAGAGCCAGACAACAGGAACGUCUUUGGACUCUCCCGGUGAAGAAACCAGACAGUUCACUUUCCAACCUGAGACAGGAGGUUCUCCGACGGUGACGGACCCGUUUACAGAAUCCUCCCGUCAGCGUGAAGCAAUACAGACAGGCCCUGAACCUGAGACCCAGUUCUACACUACCCCGCCUCGGCCAACAAUGCCUCAGACCAGCGCUGCAGCUAUCGCCGCUAGUCGUGCUGCCACAAGUGCGGCUCAGGAGCUGCGUUACAGCCAGAGUCCCGCCACAAACUCUCAGAUGUCCGGUGCUUUGCCUGCACCAACACGCCGAGGCACGGGCGGUACGGAGCAAUCAUACAUUGCGUCGACCAUGUCCGGAGCGUCGGAAGACGAAUACACGCGUGAUCCACAGGGCCAUUCUAUACCCUACCGCCAGCCUAUCGGUCCAUCUGGACUUCGGGCCGAGCUGAGCGAUGAUGAUGGCGGAGAAGGUGAUUAUUCCGAUGAAGACGACGAUGACCACACCGCCGAUAUUGAGCGUGAGAGGAUGUAUGCGGCACAAUACCGUCCUCAACAAGCCCAGCAGCAACAGGUCCAAAUUCCACGAACAACUUCUGGUCCCUUACCCGCUAUCCCGCAAGGCCGCAUGCCAGAGUAUGAGGGUGAAGGGUACGAAACCGAGGCCCCGCCGAUCGUUACACAAGCUCAAACGGGAUGGGAGGAGCUUCAGGCCACCAGACAUCGACAUCCCACCAGGUUGAGCGACAUCAUUGAAGAGACGACUCAGCGCACGAGUCCGAGCAGGACAAGCUAUGUUUCCGGCAGCGGUCCUCUACCCGGCCAGAGCGAAGGUGGCAGCGGCCCUGGCAACAUGGCCUCGCGACGGUAA